AGCGUCGCGUCGGGCGGGCGUGCUCGGCGGGUCGUGCGUGCGGUCGCGGGGGUGUCGCUCUGCUCCCGGCGUGCGGGCGGCGGCCGCGGCCUCUGCGCGGGAAUGAGCCGGGCUCGCGGCGGAGGCCAUGGCCAGUACAAUGGUAGCAGUUGGACUGACCAUUGCAGCUGCAGGAUUUGCAGGCCGUUAUGUUUUGCAAGCCAUGAAGCAUAUGGAGCCUCAAGUAAAACAAGUUUUUCAAAGUCUACCAAAAUCUGCCUUCAGUGGUGGCUAUUACAGAGGUGGGUUUGAACCCAAAAUGACAAAACGGGAAGCAGCAUUAAUACUAGGUGUAAGCCCUACUGCCAAUAAAGGGAAAAUAAGAGAUGCUCAUCGACGAAUUAUGCUUUUAAAUCAUCCUGACAAAGGAGGAUCUCCUUAUAUAGCAGCCAAAAUAAAUGAAGCUAAGGAUCUACUAGAAGGUCAAGCUAAAAAAUGAAGUAAAUGUAUCAUGAAUUUUAAGUACAUAUUACUUUAUGUAUAUGAGUAUUAACUUUUUAUAAUAAAAUGCCUUAGAGUUACAGUUUUAAAAAA